UCCUCGGCAGCGCCGGCGGCCCGCUGAGGCCGAGCGGCCCGGAAGGGCGGGAGUGCCGGCACCGCCGGCUCCGGCCUGCCCGGAGCCCCGGGCGCGCGGGGCCGCUUCUGGCGGCGCGCGCCGCUCGCUGCCCCCGCCGGCGGCGCACGUGACCGGAAGCGGCGGCGGCGGCGGCGGCAUGGCGGCGGAGGGCGAUGUGGAGCUGGAGCUGGAGACGGAGCCGAACGGCUCCGGCGGCGGCAGCGAUGGGGCGGGCGGUCGGGCGGCCGAAAAGCCGCGGAAGCACGAUAGCGGCGCGGCGGACCUGGAGCGCGUCACGGACUACGCGGAGGAGAAGGAGAUCCAGAGCUCCAACCUGGAGACGGCUAUGUCGGUGAUCGGAGACCGGAGGUCCCGGGAGCAGAAAGCCAAGCAGGAGAGGGAGAAAGAACUGGCAAAAGUGACCAUCAAGAAGGAGGAUCUAGAGCUGAUUAUGACGGAGAUGGAAAUAUCACGGGCUGCAGCAGAGCGCAGCCUGCGCGAGCACAUGGGCAACGUGGUGGAGGCUCUUAUCACCCUCACCAACUGAGCCGGGAGGCCAUGGGCUGCCAGGCAUGGGGCUCUUGCCAUACCAAUAAAGGCACUGGUGGGA